UCUUACAGAAAACUUCAGUUCAGCUCCCAGCACCUAUACUGUGGGGGAUCCAGGCUUCUGGACUCAAUGAGCACAUGCACUAAAGUGCAUGAACACACACAUUAAAAAUAAUGUAAAAUAACUGAGGGAGGGAAGCAAUCAAAUACGUACAGAGAAGAGUCGGAACUUGCUACCUUAAGUUCCCACCCGGACUCAUUUUCCUGCCCUCAGGAAGUGGGGGCUGUUUGAUUCCAGUUGCCGGAAGUGCUGUUUCUGCGUUUCUGGUGCACCGUGAGAUGGUGGCAAGACAUUGCUUCAAAUUCAGCCAUUCCCCUCAAUUGUAAAAAUACAUGAAUCAGAACUGCAUCGAAACUGGACAAAACUCUUGAGUAGACACCAGAAUGCUUUCCUUCAUUCAGAAAAUUUCUGGAGCAUCUUCAAAGAUGCUGAAGAACCCUUUUACAGUGAGACUCAGAGCCAGCAGAAUAGAUAUACUUUCUCCUAAGACAUGUCUUCUGCAGAACUUUUCCUCUUUGUCUCCAAGAACUUGGGUUUCCACGUCAUUUCAAGUGUGCGUGAGGAAGAUACAAUGCUAUCAUGUGUCACCAUGCAACUUUAAAAAGCAGCAGAAGGAGACAGUCCUUCCCCCCAAGAAACCAAGCACCAUCACUUACCUACGUGAUAGUCCAAAGCCAGCCUUAUAUAUAACUCUGGUGGGGUUAAUCCCCUUUACUGCUCCACCACUCCUCAUGGUGAUAACAAAGUCUUAUAUCCCCAUACUAGCUUUUACUCAGAUGGCUUAUGGAGCUGGUUUCCUAGCUUUCUUGGGAGGGGUCAGAUGGGGCUUUGCUCUGCCAGAAAGUAGUCCAGCCAAACCAGACUAUAUUAAUUUAGCUAGUAGUAUGAGUCCUGUUGUGUUUUCAUGGGUAGCCAUCCUAUUUUCUGAAAGACUCAAUGAAGCCAUAGUCACGUUAAUAAUAGGUUUAGGGAUAGCAUUACAUAAUGAGCUUUUCCUCUUGCCACAUUAUCCCAACUGGUUCAAAGCUUUAAGGGGCAUAAGUACUUUAGUGGCUUUUAUCUCAUUUGUAGUCACUUUAAUACUUGGAAAUAUUUAUCCAGAAAAAGGGCCCAAGAGACUUGGUCAAGUAGAAAUAUAAAACUACUUUCUUGAUAUUAUUCACAGUGUCUUUGGAGGCCAGAAGACUGUGUUGAAUCCCCUGGAGCUAGCGUUACAGGUAGUUCUGAGCCACUCAGUAUCUAGGCUGGGAACUAAACUUGGGUUCAUAGCAGUACAUAAUCUUGAAUAUUGAACCUCUAUCUCUACCCUGUAAAUCGGCAUUUUAGCAUCAUAAUUCUGUUCCUCUUGUUUGGCUCUUUUUUUCCCCCUCCCACUGAUAGGAAUUUAUUCUUCAUACAUAGUUUGCUUGUUUUUGUUUUUUUCUAAAGAAUAUUUCUUUCAGCCAGAUGGUAGUAUACAGCUUUUAUCCCAGCAGAAAGGAGGCAAAAGCAGGUGGCUCUCUUGAGUUUGAGGCCAGCCUGGUCUAUAGUGAGUUCCAGGACA